GUAACAACACCCCUCACAUGUUCCUCUACUGGCAAACCAGGAGUAGCCUACUGGGGAAAAAAAAAAGAAACUAAUCAAGCUGGCUCAGUUGUGAUUGUCACAAGUUUCAAGUUAGGAGCAACCUAUAGUUGUGCUUCCUCAGGAGCAAACCAAGAGCAUGACUAUGGCUGGUUUCCAAAUCUACUCUUGUCUUCUGAUUCCUGUUUUGUGCAUGUAAUUGAUGCAAGUUGUUUUCCCCUCCUUACCAGAUCGGCUUUGCUGGGCUGAGAGACAGAGGCUGCUAGCCGUGCCUUACUACUAUCUGUAAUACAGGAUAAGUAACAGUCUCCUUCAUUAUUAAAAACUCAUCACCAACCAGCAGAACAUUUUGGAUGAAAAUUCCUAUUAAAGACAGAAAGUACUAUAAGACUUUUGGAGAGUGCAGUCCUGCAGCCAGUGCUACUAGCUUUUGAUAUGGGCCUCAUACUACUGAACCAGAAAUACUCUGUUAAUACUCAGUCAAGUUUUGGUCUCCAUUUGAUGUGUUGGGUGUUCACUGUACAUAAAUCACAUAACUACCUACACCUGGAGAUGAAGUUGUUUAUGUUGUAGCCAUACACUGCAAACUUAGCAACCGGGCUCCCUGGCCUAGGCUCAGAGCUAGUCAGAAAACCACAACACACAGAGCUGGGAUUAAUGACACUUCCAGUGAAAAGCUAGCAGCAAUUAAGUAUAGAGGGACAUUCUCAUUCAAGAUGAGCAAAACUGCAGAGAUCCUUACUAACCCACAGCAGAAGAGGAUGCAUUAAGACAGAAACAGCAAAGAACAUUGUGCUUGGGAUUUUUUCAUUGGUUUUUGACAUUCGUUUGGACUUCAAAAUAUUUUUUUAUUGUCUCUAUCUUCAGAGGACACUUUUUGUGAAGUCGUCAGUGAAGAUCCUGGAGUUAAAAUGAGAGAGAACUGAAAUUAAAAGCUAGUUUAUCUGCGCAGUCUGAAAGGUUGCCAUAAUGACAGACCCUACAAUGGUAGAUCACAUGACCCGACUGAAACUCAAACUCUUGGAGAAGAAACUAGAAAAUGAACGUGAGAACCUGGAGAAGACUGAUUCACCACUCCCCACAGCAAGGAGCAAUGAAGGACAUGAGGAUGCAUUGCAAGGUGCACUGAGACGGAGGAAAGACCUGUUGCAGGAGCUUAGGGAGCAGCAGUUUUUGGAAGAACUUUCAAGGCCCCAGCUCUUGGGAGGAAGCCACUGUAAAAGCUACAGAACAGAACCUACAUAUGUUUACCAGCCACUUCUUCCAGUUCCGCCAGCAGGGCCACCCAGGAUCAUCCAGCACACAGUACCUCAACAACCUGCAACCAUCAUCCAACAGUUACCUCAGCAGCCACCUCUCAUCACACAGAUCCCUUCUCCCCAGCCACUGCCUGCCCCCCGCUCUGGAAGCAUUAAAGAAGACAUGGUGGAAAUGAUGCUAAUGCAGAAUGCUCAGAUGCACCAGAUCAUUAUGCAGAACAUGAUGCUGAAAGCUCUGCCGCCGGUGGCAUUCUCCCAGCCCACUGGGACCAGUGCUCCUGCUCUUCCGCACACUCAGCAGGAUCCACAGUUUGCUGCUCCAAUUGUUGUGAGAGCUGAAAGGCCGAGGCCCUCAACAGUACAUCACCAUCACCACUACUCUCCACAAGCAAUGCACUCCAUUCCUGCACAGCUGCCACCUGCUGGCUACUCUGUUUGGCCCCCUGGGAUGCCAUCCAAUCUCUGGGGACAGACUGGAGGAUUCCCACCUACUGUGCAUCAUAUGACUGCUCCGGCUAGUACACUUCCAGCAUUACAAAUUGUAGGAACCAAUGGACUUCUCCCCAGGCUGCCCCCGGGUUUGUAGACCCCUCAGGCCCAUAGCAAAGGUGACUCAUGAUGGUACCUGACCCCCACAGAAGUUGGCCAGCAUUUCACUGGAGUAAAUGUUCUUUAGGAUUCUUUCUUUAAAAUCUGGCAGAUGGGCAACCUGAUGUAGAAAUAGCUACAUCCCACUGGUGAAAGAAAAAGAAACUAUGGAAAUGCAAAAAUAAUCUAUGGAAAUGCAAAAAACUUAACAUGUACCUUUGGUCAGCUCACAGUGUCCACUGUCUAAUCUCACAGUGUUCAUCUGUCUAAUCCGUCUCCUCAGCCUAUCACGCCUACCACUGAGCAGCUACAAAUAGUCACCACUUUUGGAAGAAAAUUUCAAAAUGUUUUCUUCUGCUCCCCACUACAUGGAAUUUCCACCCAUCCCCUCACUCAAAUUCUGUAAGCCUAAAUUAUCGAGACAGUUCUGGGUCACCAACAGAAUUAAAAAUCCAGAAACUCCUAAUCCACCAUGAUUAGAAUCAGGUGAAUUGUUGUCUAAAAGGGUGCCAUAUCUUUCUUUCAAAGUUCAAUUGAGGGAAAUGCCCAUUAGAAUACAGAGAGUGGCCCUGCCUGUUAGGGAAAGGACACUGCAAAUACAGCACAGAAUUAAAAAGGAGACCUAAUACACCCUGUUCUUUGUAUCUUAAGUAUCCUCAAGUUAAAGCACCCUCCUUUCAGGUUUCCCUGCUUUACACUCAGCACUCCAGCAGAGGGUAGACAGACACCAAAGUAGCAGCAGUCUUGUAACUUUUAACAUAAUGGCAAGCAGAUGAAAUGCUUUAAGAAGCAGCCCUUUUAGUGAAGGAGAGGCUUUCACCUGCUUCUGCUCCCACUAUCUCCCAUUCUCAUGUUGACAAAGGGAGUAGAGCUGGGGAAAAGGGACUGGCAUUCCCUAUUAUUCUUCCUUAAUGUAAGAACACAGGAUUUUCAUAAUAUCCAGUUACAGAUAGUGAAUAGGUUUUUUUCAGUCCACAUUUUAUUGUGGGCCUUCCAUUUCCUUAGCAAAACUGCAUACACCUACACACCUUGUGUCCUUUUAUUCUUCUUCUGAAUCAGCGGUUCUCAACUUUUUUGGAUUCAAAGCACCCCUCACCGGACUUGAGGCACCACUUUGUAAACUUUUGUC